AGCAAUACCAUACGUUUCUGUCAACUACUACCUCGGAUUCACUAACACAUGAAGUUGCCUUUCCUAGAGAGCUUGUGAUCAGUGCUGUAAAAUGUUAUCCUAUGCUCCCAAAAGAUAAGUUAGAAAGCGAACUUAGUGUCCUUUAUAGGCAUGACACAUUUGCAAACGUAAAGACUGUUCCUGCUCUGUGGACAUUAAUAAGAGAGAACAAUCUGGAAGUCGCUCUGUCAUAAAUACACAAACUGACAGAUAAUGUACUUACAAUUCCAAUAUCAUCCGCCGAAUCCGAGCGUUGUUUCAGCACUCUAAAAAGAGUUAAGACAUACACGUAUCUAAGGAACGCAAUGGGUCAAGAAGGUCUGAAGGCACUGGCUGUACAUAGCAUUCAUAAGGACAUGAUUGCAAAGAUUCCGGCAUUCAACCAAAAAGUGAUUCAUUUGUUUGCUUCCCAGAAGAAUAGACGAGCGCAGUUCCUGUAUAAAUGAGAGAUCACAACAUGUGGCCACUGGUACUUACCCUUGUGGUGGCCACCACAGGUGCAUAUGGAGCUGAGGUAUGCCCUGGCCUCAAAACGAUGUAUCUGCCUCCUCAGUGUAUUAAUGACAGAGAUAAAUGCCCCCAGAAUAGCACACUGGAACCUGCAUCCAAAGUCUGCAACAUGUGUGAUGGGUGCACAGCCUAUAUCCAGAAAGAUGGUGAAUGUGAACCAACAAGUGGGAUAUCCUGCAAACCAGGAUAUGAAUGUGAUGAACAGGAACUUAAAUGUGUGGCAAAGUCCUGCUCCUGCCAGUAUAAAGCAGAUAACAGCUACUACAAGUCCUGGACUCCAAGAUGUGAUGGAUUUGACUAUGCGCCUGUACAAUGCAAAGGGGAAAAACCCACGGGCAGGUGCUUCUGUUUUGACAAGAAAGGGAACAGAAUAUUUGGAGAACAACUGUGGGCUAAUGCUGAAAACAUGACAUGUGCCUGCAGUCGCCAAGUGCAAGAAUUGCAGGAUCAAGGUCGGAAGGACGUGACAUUGCAUUGUAAUGAACAAGGUAACUAUGAGGAGCUGCAGUGUGAUGAUGGGUUGUGCUGGUGUGCAGAGGAAAAGACGGGAAAACCAAUUUCACAAAUUCUACCCGAGAAUAUGAUGAUAAUGCUGCCCUGCUAUGACAAGCUCAAUGUUGGGUCAGCAUACCUGAGGCAGUGCGAAAGCUUGCUAAUUGCACAGAAGAAAAUAGAGAUUGAGAUGGCAGCCCAUAAUUCAAGAAAUCCAAACUUCCCUUAUGUAAACUGUGAGUUGGAUGGCAGCUAUGGUGCAGUCCAACAAGAUGGAAAUCAAAUGUAUUGUGCAUGGAAGGACAAGAGCAGAAUUGAAGGCUAUGCUGCUGAGCUGAGAGACAUGGCCAACAUGAACUGCAGAUGUGCUCGGGACAAAAAAAUGUAUGGAAACCUAAUUCAACAUAUAUGCCUGGGAAAUGGUAACUACAAUCAUGAACAGUAUACUAACAAUGGUACCAGAUAUUGUGUAGAUGCAGAUGGCUUCCUUGAUGAUAAUGCAUGUCCUGAUUCAUCUGUUUCCUGUUAACGAAAAACAAAGAAUACACCUCAAAGUACUCAAGUACUCAAAGCAGCCUAAAGUAUUAUGUAUCACAGAACAGCAGUGUUCUUCAAGGACAUUUUAAGAAGCACGUGGAUUACACAAAUGACUAUCAACAUCCUUUUAAUCAUUUCCAUCAAAACUUUUUUCAAAAUUUCAGAUCAAAUCCUAAUAACUAAUUAACUACAGUGGCAGUUAAUACAUUAUUUUAUUACU